AUGAUGUCUAAUCUAAGCUAUAAGCAAGGCUACAUCAAAUUCACUUUGGAGAAUGAUUCACAAAUUCCUAUAAUUUCAAGCUGCUUACGUUCUGCUGCUUACUAUGUCCUUGAAGAAGUUGUUUGUGAUUUAAGCUUACCUGAGCCAUAUCUGAAUGAUUGAAGCAAGAUAUUCUCUGUCUUGGUGAAUAUAUAUUCUUCUUCUUAUUCGCCUUUAGAACCUAAAAUUAUAAUAAUUCUUCCUCAAUUAUUUGGAGAAAUAUCGAGGAAAAAUAUUCUUGACACUGCAGACUUGAUCUUUAGUUAUGAAUCUUUAUCUGAUAUUAUUACCGAACAUUUGUGUGAACCUCAUAGUUACACUUUUUUUGAAAUCCCUCACACUGAACCUAUUUCAAUGCCCAUUCUCAGCUCAAAUCUAUCUGCAAAUGUUAUGGAUGCUUAUGAUUACUCUGUUCUGGGUGGCACAUUUGAUCACCUUCAUCCUGGACAUAUGCUGCUUCUUACAGCUGCGGCUAUUUUUAGCAAGAAGUUAAUAGGAAUCGGGAUAACUAAAGAGUCAUUGCUAAUAAAUAAGCAAGGGAAAGAAUGCCUUCAAUCAUUUGAUUAUAGAUGUGAAUCUGUAAAAUCAUUUUUGAAGAAAAUUUCUCCUUCAGUUGAAGUCGACACUUUUGAGCUUUUUGACCCUGUUGGGCCUUCAGGUACAAACCCAAUUUACCAGGUCGUCAUUUUAACUGAAGAGGUAGAAAAAGCAUUUGAAUUAAUCAAUAAAGCUAGAGAAACAAAUGGCUUAAACAAACUAGAAAAAGUUGUGAUUAGCUUAUUGACUGAAUCUCACAAUAAAGCUGGCAGCACACAGAUAAGAAACCAAAUUAUAGAAUCUUCGAGAGGCAGAUAUUGCUUUCUGAAAGAAAGAUGAUACAACCUCUGCAAAAAGCUGGGGAUAGAAAACAGGAAAAUAGAAUAUUGGUGGGAAAUGGUAUCCAGCCAAUAUAAUAGAAAAUUUCGAUACUAUCAUACAUUAAACCAUAUAUAUCAAAUGUAUUCCCUCCUCGAUAACUAUUCUAACAAUUACUCACAAAUUCUUGAGCUCAGCAUUUGGUUUCAUGAUGUAAUUUAUUAUGCUGAUUAUAAAGGAUUUCAUGAUGACAGAAAUAAUGAGGUAAAAAGCAAAGAUUUGUUUAUCAAUUUUUGUAAGGAUUGCGGAAUAAAUGAAUGCUAUAGCAAAGUGGAAAGCUAUAUUUUGGCAACAAUCACACAUAGACCUGAAACGACUGAGGAAGAAGAAUUAAUUUUUUUGGAUUUGGAUAUGUCGAUUCUUGGAGCAAGUGAAGAGACUUACAAUGAAUAUUCAGAAAAUAUAAAAAGAGAGUAUUCGUUUUAUUCUGAUGAAGAUUACAGAAAAGGACGUUGCCAAGUAAUGCAAAAGUUUUUGGAAAGAGAUCACAUAUAUUAUUCUGAUUAUUUCAGACCAAUGCUAGAAAAUCAAGCCCGGAAUAACAUUUCAAGAGAAAUUGAUUCACUUCAAAAUAUGACUUAA